CGCUCUACCCCAGCUGGGGCAUUUUGCUCAGAUUGCUGUGGGGGUAAAAAACAACACGCAGACACAUACACACACUUUCCGAUCGUUGUUUCUCUCUCGGAUCGUGUGCUCUACGCUUUCUUGUGUUUUGUUGCGGUGUGUCCGUGUGCGCCGACCCGAGCCGAUCCGCCACCGAUAUGGAUUGAUGUGAUUUUUUUUCGCCAAGUUUUCGCUCCUCGGCCCCACAGCUCCAUGUUUCUCGGCGCGACUUUUCCGAAGUCAGCGGCUGGCGGAUGGUUCGGAAGCCGCUCGGGGUGAACUGUCUGACCGGGAGAGUGUAAGGGAGAGGGUCGGGGCCGGGCUUCAGGACUCCAGACUCCGUGGAGUUUUUCUUUCUUUUUUUUUGCUGUUUGUUCGGAGCGAAAGAAACAUUGUUUCUUUUUGGCUGUUUGAUCUCAAAGGGAUGGCGGAGCGGGGAGCGCGCGUGCUGCUCUCUCUCCUCUGCCUCACCUCUGCGUGCUCGCUCGCGCCUGCACGCGCUCAGAAAGGCUCGGCCAAGAGGCACUUCAGUCCUUUCCGGUUCUCCGUGGAGCCUUCGGACGCGUUGACGGUGAGGGGAUCCCCUGCGUUACUCAACUGCUCCGUCUACAGCGAGCUCCCCGCCAAGGUGCACUGGAAGAAGGAUGGCGUUUUGCUCAACCCGGACGAUCGCAGGCAGGUCCUGCCCGACGGCUCUCUUCUCAUCGGCUCCGUCAUGCACUCCAAGCACAACAAGCCCGACGAGGGCGUCUACCAGUGCGUGGCAACCAUCGAGAACCUGGGCACCAUCAGCAGUCGUACAGCCAGACUCAACGUCGCAGGUAUGCUGCGUUUCUCCGGGCAGCCGGAGGCGGCGUCUGUGCGCCUCGGGGAGAGCCACAUGUUCAGCUGUGAGGUCAACGCGGACUUGGUGAGCUUUAUUCGCUGGGAGCGCGACAAGGAGCCGGUGCCGUUGGACCGCAGAGUGUACACGUUACCCAGCGGUGCGCUCGUCAUCAGCAACGCUACGGAGGUGGACGCGGGUCUGUAUCGGUGUGUGCUGGAAAAUUCAGGAUCUACAAAGAGCAGCGAUGAGGCGGAGCUCCGGGUUGUGCCUGAAACAUUGGAGAUGCGCAGGCUGGAGUUCCUCAGGCAGCCAGACCCUGUGUCCAGGGUGGUGGGUGAGAGCGUGCUGCUCCCCUGCGUGGUGAGCGGAUUCCCUGCAGCUUACGUUCGCUGGAUGCGAGACGACCGAGUCCUGGAUGACAGCAACAGCCGCUUUGAGCUCCUCGGCGGAGGCAGUCUACAGAUCUUUAACUUGACCGAAGAGGACGGAGGGAUAUACAGCUGCCUGGCAGAUAACGCGAACGACUCCAUCGAGGCCCGGGCCGAGCUCACGAUCCAAGUUCCUCCACAGUUUAUUAAGAGGCCGAGCAACACCUACGCACACGAGGCUACGGACAUAGUGUUCGAAUGCGAGGCGACUGGAUCCCCUUCCCCGACCAUCAAAUGGGUUAAAAAUGGUGACGCCGUGGUUCCCAGUGACUAUUUCCGGAUACUCAAAGAGCAGAAUCUGCAGGUGCAGGGCCUGGUGAAGACAGACGAGGGGUUUUAUCAGUGUCUAGCAGAAAAUGAAGUGGGCAACGUCCAGGCCGGCGCACAGCUCAUCAUUCUAGACCAAGUCACCCCCCCUCCCUCACCCACACUGAUCCGUGCCACUGCUGACCGUGUAACACCAGGCUCAGGAGGCAGCUCCGGUUCCAACCCUGGUCCUGGCAGCGGUCCUGGUCCCGUGCCCUCUGCGCCGCGUGACGUCGUGGCCUCGCUCGUCUCCACCCGCUUCAUCAAGCUGACCUGGCGCCUGCCGCUCGAGCCACACGGCGAUGACAUCACUUAUUCCGUCUACUACGGCCUGGAAGGCGUCAAAAGGGAGAGGACGGUAAACACCAGCCGGCCGGGCGAAAUGCAGGUCACCAUCCAGAACCUCAAGCCAGACACCAAGUACUCCUUCCGGGUGGUGGCGUACAACAAGAACGGGCGCGGAGAAAGCUCAACGCCGCUGAAGGUCGCCACCCAGCCAGAAGUUCAAGUACCAGGACCGGCUCCCAACUUCCAAGCCGUGGUCCAGACGUCGACGUCCGUCAGCCUGAGCUGGGACAAACCCCUGACCGGCAACGGCGACAUCCAGAACUACAAAGUGUACUACAUGGAGAAAAGCCUGGGCAAUGAGAAGGACAUUGAGGUUAGUGGACUGUCCUAUACCAUGUCUGGACUAAAGAAACACACAGAGUACAGCUUCAGAGUCGUGGCUCACAACAAGCACGGACCCGGAGUCUCCACGGAUGACGUGACAGUGCGGACUUACUCAGACGUCCCUAGUGCAGCACCCCAGAACAUGACGGUGGAGGUGCUAAACUCAAAGAGCAUCAUGGUGCGAUGGCAGCCUCCUCCAGCCGACGCUCAAAACGGAGAGAUCGUCGACUACAAGAUUCGCUACAAAAAAGGCACGAGGAAGAGCGAACCUUUGGAGAUGACUACAGUAAACCAGCUCAGCAAGCUCAUAGAUGGACUGCAGCGUGGCACAGAGUACUCCGUUCGCGUGGCAGCCAUAACUGUGAACGGCUCAGGCCCUGCGACAGACUGGAGCACCGCUGAGACUUUCGAGAGCGAUCUGGACGAGUCCCGCGUCCCUGACGUGCCCGGUUCCUUACACGUCCGGCCGCUGGUGAACAGCAUCGUGGUGAGCUGGUCUCCUCCAGAGAACCAGGACAUCGUGGUUCGAGGUUACAUCAUAGGCUACGGAAUCGGUAACCCUCAUAGCCAAACCAUCAAAGUUGACUACAAGCAGAGAUACUACAACAUCGAGAACCUUGAUCCCAGCUCGCACUACGUGAUCGCGCUGAAGGCCUUCAACAACGUGGGUGAGGGUAUCCCGGUGUACGAGAGUGCCCUCACACGACCCCAGACAGACCCCAUAGACCCUGAUGUUGAUUUGUACGAACUUUUCCAUCCUCCAUACACUCCAGUACCAGACCCCAUUCCCAUGAUGCCUCCCGUGGGCGUUCAGGCUUCGGUUCUGAGCCACGACACCAUCAAAGUCACAUGGGCCGACAACUCGCUGGCCAAGAACCAGAAAAUUGUGGAUGCGCGCUAUUACACAGUGCGCUGGAAGACCAACAUACCAGCAAACACCAAGUUUAAGACGGCCAACACUACCAACCUGAAUCACAUAGUGACUGGUCUAAAGCCAAACACUCUGUACGAGUUCUCCGUCAUGGUCACAAAAGGCAAGAAGACUAGCACAUGGAGCAUGACGGCUCAUGGGACGACGCUAGAAGCCAUUCCUAGUUCUGCACCGAAAGACGUGACUGUGGUCAGUAAGGAGGGACGUCCACGCACCAUUAUAGUCAACUGGCAGCCUCCUUCUGAAGCCAACGGCAAAAUCACAGGGUACAUUAUCUACUACAGCACUGAUGUCAAUGCUGAGGUACACGACUGGGUGAUCGAGCCGGUGGUGGGGAACAGACUCACCCAUCAGAUCCAGGAGCUGACCCUCGACACAACGUACUACUUCAAAAUCCAAGCACGCAACUCCAAAGGCAUGGGGCCUAUGUCUGAGGCCGUCCACUUCCGCACUCAAAAAGCUGAAUCAUCUGACAAAAUGGCUAAUGAUCAAGCUUCCGGAAUCCCCGGGAAACCAGGCCGAACCUCCACACUAGACCCUGGUAUUGGGAAAUCGGGGAUGCCUGGUAGUGAAAACCACAUCCUGGUGAUCGUCAUCAUCGUGUCUGUGGGAGGCUUCAUCAUCAUCGCGCUGGUAGUGGGAGCCUUACUGUGUUCACGACGCUCCAACUCCCAGCAGAAGAAGAAACGGGCAGCUUGCAAGUCCAGCAAUGGAUCUCACAAGUACAAAGGCAACUCUAAAGACCUCAAGCCGCCUGAUCUUUGGAUCCAUCAUGAGCGCUUGGAGCUCAAACCCAUCGACAAGUCCCCGGAGCCCAAUCCGGUCAUGACGGACACGCCGAUUCCGCGUUCCUCCCAGGACAUCACUCCUGUAGACAGCACCCUGGAUCCCAUCCUCCAGAGACGGAAUUCGUACCGCGGCCAUGAGUCAGAGGACAGCAUGUCUACACUGGCAGGGCGCCGGGGAAUGAGGCCUAAAAUGAUGAUGCCGUUUGACGCACAGCCCCCUCAGCCCGUGAUUAGUGCUCACCCCAUCCAUUCCCUUGACAACCAUCACCACCAUUAUCACCUGGGCAGCCUGGCCUCACCGAACCACAACUAUCUGCAACACUCGAGCAGCCCGCGGCCCCUCACCUCCUCCAUCUCUUAUCUAGACAGGGCCGAGUCGCCAGACACUCCCACUACAGACCUGCUGCCCGCCUCGGCUCAGCCCUCCUGUUCCAUCGAUCACUCGGAGACCGACGUCAGUUAUCACAGCUCAGCGGCCGAGGACGAGCCCAGCUACAACCCCCCGACAGCACACGUGCGCCCCACGCACCCUCUGAAAAGUUUCGCCGUGCCCUCCGUGCCCGCCCACGGCUCCGCCUACGAGGGAGUCUCUCUGCCCAGCACGCCCCUGCUCUCUCAGACUGGUCCUCACUCGGUCAAGACCGCCUCCAUCGGGACGCUGGGGAGGACGAGGACGCCGAUGCCCGUAAUCGUACCCAAUGCACCAGACGUUCCAGACAGCCGAAUGCUGGAGGAGUGCGAGAGUAAGUACGAGAAGGACGAACUGUCGGAGGAGAUGGCCCACCUGGAGGGCUUAAUGAAGGACCUAAACGCCAUCACCACGGCCUGAGCACAAUCCUUACACUCUCACACACGCUACACACACACACACAUAUGCGCUUACAUUUAUCCAUGACUCGCCACGGCAUGGACAGGGUUCUCAGUCCUUUACAGAACCGAAUGAGAGAACAUGAACAUUUUGGCUCGCCUUGCUAACUCUCAGGAAGGAAACGGCCUUCGGUUAAAGGAAUGAAAACCAUUUUGGGGACUGAUUCCUUCGGGAACGUUUUUUUUUUCUUCUUCUUUCUUUCUUUCUUUUGCGCUUCGGAGACGCUGUUUGUUUCUUUACUAAUUAAAAAAAAAAAAAAGGAAGAUUACAAUAUGCUGGUGUUCGUGCUGGUGCUCAAGGCACAAUUUACAGUGUUUUAUUUGUGCGUUUUUGUAUCUCUCAAUCUUUCUCUUUCUCUCUCGAUCUUUCUCUCUCUUUCUGUCGCUCUCUCUCUAUAUAUAAAUAUAUAUUUCCACCCGUUCCAGUGAGGUGAACAUUGGACAUUGUUCCUUUUAUUUUCGAAGAAAAAAAGUCAUUUUUGUAUUACAUUGUUUUGUUUUGCUCUUUUUUUUUUUUUUUUAAGUACG